AUGGAAUCCGGUCAAACAUGUGGUGAAGCCGUUGUGAAACCAGCAUCAUCCGGUAGUCCGAGUGGAUCGAUUCCGGCGAAAUCCCUGUCGGAUCCUGGUAGAUUUGAGUGGGAAUCAUGCCGUGUUCCGGUAUUAUCCGGUGCCGGUUCCGACGGGUCCCGGCUGAAUCCGGAGGCAGGAUGGAGUGACUUUGGUACGUUAGAACAGCGAGAACCUCAAUGGUCACCUGGAACAGCUCAUGAUUAUCAUCCUUUAACCUAUGGUUGGUUAGCAGAUGAGCUCGUCCGACGAGUUGAUCCAAAGAAUAGAACAUUCGGACAGUGGGUUCGCGAUGAAAUUACAAAUCCAUUACAAAUCGAAUUUUACAUUGGUCUACCAUUAGAACAAGAAUAUCGUGUGUCACCAAUUGAGACUGUAUUAAACAAUUUUUUUUUUUUAACAUAA